AUGAUGCCGCAACUAGGACUUGGGGGCGGAAUGCGACCAGGAUUUGGAGGUGGCAUGAGGCCAGGGUUUGGAGGAGGCAUGAGGCCAGGAUUUGGACAAGGAGGCAUGAGGCCAGGAUUUGGACAAGGCGGCAUGAGGCCAGGAUUUGGAGGUGGGCGUCCUGGCCACGGUUUCGAACCAUGGAUGGGAGGAAGAGGAAAAUGGUGA